UAAAUUUAAAGUAACAUCCACUUGAAAGUAAUUCAAUGAAAUUCGGUGGUGACAAUUACAAAUUUUAAGACCGAUUUCCACGUCGAGGAUGAACGAUCAUACGAGAUGGAAUUUUUGUUUUAACUAUAUUUACCAACCGGAAAUGCAGUUUACUAAUGACAGAGUUGAUGAGAAAUUACUUACAUAAGUCGAUAAGUGUUAUGUGUUCACGAAUCGUUAUUUAAACUGUGAUUUUUAUCGCCUUCACACGUCAUGGAGAUUCACACCUAGAUCAAAUUCCGGUAACGGCCAUCUGAAAACGCGUGACCCUGCACGAAUCAUUGUUGCUGUCUUUCGUGUACGCUUUCAUUGACAGUUAUUUGCAUUUGUUUUCGAUGACGAAAAACUUUGGAAAAUUGUGAUCUUACGGAGUUAUCCGAAUUUAAAUUAGGCUAGAACAAAGGAAAUCGGAGUGACUGCACUGCGUAUUUCACGCGUUUCUGUAGAAACGUGUGUUUAAAAGGUGACCGAAAAAACUGGUUAGUAACAGCAAGAAUGAGCAACGACCAAGGAAGUGAAUUGGCUCGAACAGUUGAGUUAUCUUCAAAUGACAUUGAGAAGUUAGAGGAAGCAAAACUAAUGGCAAAGUUCCCAAAUACUGGUCGUCCGAUCAGUGGACAUUCAGCGUUCCUACAGAAGAGGCUAGCUAAAGGGCAAAAAUAUUUUGAUUCUGGGGAUUAUCAAAUGGCAAAACAAAAAUAUACAGCUAAACCAAAGCCAGCUGGUGUUUUGCCAACAGGUGAUGCUAUACCUACACCGGAAACUGUACCACAACGAAAAACAUCUAUAAUCCAACAAAAAUUUAAUACUUCGAGUACUUCAUAAGUAUUUUGUAAGAUUUUUCAAAGUAUUGCAACUCCAGUGAUACAGUGCGAUUGUAUGCAAUCCGAAUUUGAAACAAUCCAAUGUCUUUAUAUUUGAUAGAUGGUAUUAUGUUAAAAAGAUUAGUUUUUGUAAUAUUUCUUAGAUGCUUGUCCAAUGAUCAGAAUUUAGUGCAAAAAUUUUCUGUUCACAGUCAUAUGUAUAAAAUUUGUAAUAUUAUAUAUGCCAUAAGAGCACUUUUUAAAAAUUCUCUUUAAGGUACUUGGAAAAAAAGAAAGGAAGCAAUUUAUAAUUUAUAACUUCGUGUUAUGUACUAAACACUUAUGUUCUAAAUUUUCAUUAAAUAUGGGAGUGUCUGCACAUGAAUAAACACUCACCCCUCGUUUAAUUAUUUCAGUUACUUUCCUAGGCAGCAAUAAAUUUGGAUUUUAGAUUCAGGAAUGCAUGAAAGUAGGGUUUCAAAAUUUGUUGUAUAAAUAAGCAAUGACGCUAGGUAUUUAGGAGUACAAGGCAAACUACAAUUGGUAAGAUGGGAUUAUGAUGUAAAUGUAACCACUUGUAUAUGCAAUAGAGAUUCAGGAUAAGAUAUUUUACAGAUCUGCAUUUCCAAAGUUGCUGUGAUGUGCUUAGUAAGACUAUUUUCUUAUAAGAUGUCAGGUUGUCAUAAGAAUCUGUAUGUAGCAUAAAACAAUCUUAAAUAUAGCAGUUGUUUUGGUUAUUGUAAA